CGCGCCCGCGCUCCCGCCGCGGGGCAGGGAGGGUGGGGAGGACGGGCAGUUCAGGGCUCCGCGCGCAACGUUCCCGGACAGCGCUCGGGCCCCCCCCUCCGCCUGGCGCCAACGCUCGUCGUCUCGGCGGGCUGCAGUCGGGUCGCGAUGCGGGGCAGCCCGGCACCCAGCUCGGCCUCCUCGUCGGCCUCAGACCUGGGCAGCAGGUCAGACCUACGGCCCAGCACGGCCGGGGACUGCGGCCUGAGCGCCAGCCUGUCGGCCUGCACGCUGCUUUCCGAGGGGGCUGUGGAGCCCAUGCAGAUUGAUGUAGACCCACAGGAGGAUCCCCAGAAUGCGCCUGAUGUCAACUAUGUGGUGGAGAACCCCACUCUGGAUCUGGAGCAGUACGCGGCCAGCUACAGUGGCCUGAUGCGCAUUGAGCGGCUGCAGUUCAUUGCUGACCACUGCCCACCACUGCGGGUAGAGGCCCUAAAGAUGGCCCUCUCCUUCGUGCAGAGGACCUUCAAUGUGGAUAUGUAUGAGGAGAUCCACCGCAAACUCUCAGAGGCCACCCGGUCUUCCCUCAGGGAGCUGCAAAACGCACCAGAUGCCAUCCCUGAGAGUGGUGUAGAGCCCCCGCCUCUUGACACAGCUUGGGUAGAGGCCACUCGGAAGAAGGCCCUGCUGAAGCUAGAGAAGCUGGAUACAGACCUGAAGAACUACAAGGGCAACUCCAUCAAGGAGAGCAUCCGGCGCGGCCAUGAUGACCUGGGUGACCACUACCUAGACUGUGGGGACCUCAGCAAUGCUCUCAAGUGUUACUCUCGGGCCAGAGACUAUUGCACUAGCGCCAAGCACGUCAUCAACAUGUGCCUCAAUGUCAUCAAGGUCAGUGUCUACUUGCAAAACUGGUCUCAUGUGCUGAGCUACGUCAGUAAGGCUGAGUCAACACCAGAGAUUGCCGAGCGCGGAGAACGGGAUAGCCAGACCCAAGCCAUCCUCACAAAGCUGAAGUGUGCUGCAGGCUUGGCUGAGCUGGCCGCACGCAAGUAUAAGCAGGCUGCCAAGUGCUUCCUGCUGGCCUCAUUUGAUCACUGCGACUUCCCUGAGCUGCUUUCCCCCAGCAAUGUGGCCAUCUAUGGUGGCCUGUGUGCUUUGGCCACCUUUGACCGGCAGGAGCUGCAGCGCAAUGUCAUCUCUAGCAGUUCCUUUAAGUUAUUCCUGGAGCUGGAGCCACAGGUCCGAGACAUCAUCUUCAAAUUCUAUGAGUCCAAGUACGCGUCGUGCCUGAAGAUGCUGGACGAGAUGAAGGACAACCUGCUCUUGGACAUGUACCUGGCUCCUCAUGUCAGGACCCUGUACACCCAGAUUCGCAACCAUGCUCUCAUCCAGUAUUUCAGCCCCUAUGUUUCGGCCGACAUGCACAAGAUGGCCACAGCCUUCAAUACCACUGUGGCGGCCCUGGAGGACGAGCUGACACAGCUCAUCCUGGAGGGACUCAUUAACGCUCGCAUCGACUCGCACAGCAAGAUCCUGUAUGCAAGGGAUGUAGAUCAGCGCAGCACCACCUUUGAGAAGUCCCUGCUGAUGGGCAAGGAGUUCCAGCGACGGGCCAAGGCCAUGAUUCUGAGGGCAGCUGUGCUGCGCAACCAGAUCCAUGUCAAGUCCCCGCCCAGAGAAGGCAGCCAGGGAGAGCUGACGCCAGCGAACAGCCAGUCCCGUAUGAGCACCAACAUGUGAGGGGUGCAUACCUCUCCCUGCCCCGCAGAAGCGGCACCCAAGCUGGCUGCCUGUUCACCUCGAGAAGAGGCUCCAUGCUGCCUGCAGCCACUGGAUGGCAGCCCCUCCACCCCCUUGCACCUUGUUCUGGGGCCUGGGGAAGUGGGUAGGGUGUCCGCUGUAGCCAUGUGGGACUGACCAUUGGGCUCUGUCUCAGACAGACUGCAGUGCCUGGCCCUGUUGGGCAGCACAGGCCCCAGAACCCCUCCUGUCUCUGUGCUGCCUUGGUUGCAGGCAGCCUGCCAGUCCAUUAAAGAGCAGACUGACUCAUGG